GAAGGAAGAUGGAAUUCAAAGCAAUGAUAUUUGUUUCCCUGGUUGUAGUGUUAACAUUUAUUGACAGAGCGGACGCUCUCAAGUGCUAUCGCUGUAAUAGCUUCGACAAUCCUGACUGCCUCGGCGAGCCCGACCCGAGCGGGGUGAAGAAUUUGACCAAGCUAGAGCAAUUCCUACGCGAAUGCUAUCCGGACGAGACGGGCCGGGAGCCGUUCUGUCGGAAAAUUUCCGUCACCAUUCUGAACAACAAACACCACCGGGUAAUACGGGAGUGUGGCUACGAGAGAUCGAAAACCGACUGCUAUGUGGCGGACAAUGAGGACCAUCUGGAGACGGUUUGCCAGUGCUGGAAGGACCAAUGCAACCGGGCGGAACGGUUGGAGUUGGGAGCGGGACUGAUGACGGCGGUGGCAGUCGCAAUGCUGAGAAUGUUGAUCUGAUUGAGAGUCUUACAUUGAUAUCAUCAUUAAUGUAGUGUAUC